AUGGAGGACAAGCUGCAGCAGAGCCAGCGUCACCAGCAGAGCGUGCAGUCGGAGCUGAGCGCCGCCGAGCAGCGGCUGGUCGCCGCCCAGCAGACGGGCGUGGAGCAGCGUCAGUCUCGGGAACACGAACUGGCAGAGAGCGUGUCCCGGCUGCAGGCCGACAAGACCGAGCAGGCCGACCGGCUAGCCCUGCUGCAGCGCAAGCUGGCGCAGGUUGAGGCGGAGAAGAAGGAGCUGGAGCGUGGCCAGGUCCAGCUGGAGAAAGACCGCGCCGCCCUGAUGACCACCCUCGACAAGGUGGAGCGCGAGCGUCUGUCGGCGGACCAGACGGCCACCAAGACCACGCUGGAGCGGACCGUGCUGGACCGGUCGGUGUCGGCGCUGGAGCAGGACAACCAACAGCUGCUGCGCCACGUGCGCAGCCUGGAGCAGCAGCUGAGCGAGCUGCAGCAGAUGCACGCCAAGUGUGCGGUCCGGACCGCCGCCGUCGCUGGCGACAAACACAGCCCGGAGGACCUAGCCGAGCUGGACCGGCUGCGCGCCCGCUGUCUCCAGCUGGAGAAGAUCAUGCAGGCUCGCGAGAGAAGCUGCAAACAGCGCAUCGUCGGCCUGGAAC